GGAUUGAGGCCUGUAACCUGUCCUUGCUCUCAAUCGGAACUGCGUUUGGAUGUCUGAUAACAAUGGCUGGACACAACAAGAUCAAGAACAAUUGUUUCAGGGAUGCUUUGAGUGUAGUUGCUGUUGAUGCUUUGACAUCUGUGUAUAUUGGGCUUGCCUUCUUCGCCAUCAUGGGUCACGUUGCCCACCUGCGUGGAGUGACUGUUGAGGCGUUUCAGUCAUCAGGAUUCAACCUUGGAUUCAUCGUGUACCCCGAAGCCGUGGCUUCACUCCCCUUACCUCAGCUGUGGUCAUCCGUGACUUUUCUCAUGCUGUUAACCCUCGGAAUCGACUCGAUGGUUCCAUGUCUUGAGAUCGCCGUUACAGCUUUGUCAGAUCAGUACCCCAGUCUAGCACGCCGACGGUGGCUGGUCAUCGCCAUGGUCCUUGUUCCAUGCUCGUUAUUUAGCCUCCUUUACAUGACACAGGGCGGUAUCUAUGUUCUUACUUUGGUGGACUGGUAUGCGUUUUUCCCCUCAAUUGCAGUCUUUGGCAUGUUGGAAUGUUUUGUUGUCAGCUGGGUCUAUGGCACUCACAGACUGGAGAGGAUUAUCGACAUGAUGUGGGAGAAGACCUUUCCUCGGGUCAUGACCUUUUGCCUAAAAUACGUCUGUCCAGGACUCCUUUUGAUCAUCUUCGGCUACUCCCUCUAUUCCUACCGACCCCCUAAGUACGGAGACUACAUCUAUCCUGCCUGGGCCACGGGACUUGGAUGGAUGAUAUCCUGUGCAUCACUCAUGCCAUUACCUGUUGUCUUCAUCUGGACGGUUUACAAAACAGAGGGAAAUACAAUCAAAGAGAAAUUCAAGAAGUCGUUCGAACCGAAAACAAAGUGGGGACUUUCUUCGAAUUCGUCUGCCUCAGAUACUUCCCAUGAGGACACAAUGGAAACAAUGCUAUGAUUCUAUUAUAUUGUUCACGUUCGUGCACAUAUAUACGGUCGUAAAGACGGUAUGCAACAAAUUAAAACAAUUACUUGAAAUGACAAGAAACGACGCUCAAAUUAAAAGUAUCAUUGUAUUCUGUAAAUAUCAGCAUCUGGUGCUGCUAUCACCGACACAUGUACACUGAUGGUUACAAUGCCUCAAACAACAACAUCGACUACCAAACACAUCGUCAUACUACAGUUGACGAUGUAAUAGCAUAUGUUUGUUUUGCAUUAUAUUUCUUGAAUUUAAGUUAUUCACGCUUUUUUAAAGUUAAUUGCACACAAUUUCAACGAAUAUCGACGGAAUUGUUUAAGGUCUCCAUUUGUCUUAAUUAUGGAAGGGUAUUCUAUUCACUUGUAUUAUUUUAUUGUCUUUGAAUUUAAAACUUCAAUAACUUAACACUAUUAUAGCGCUCACAGUUCGCAUGUCCACUGUGUCACAUACACUGAGAUAUCCAUUCAAAAUAUGCUCUUUUUAUCUGUUCACAAUCGGCUAUGGCCAUCCGAUGUCGAGUGCUGUGCUGUAAACCAAACUCUAUGGUAUGCUAGAUGCUCCUCGUUAUUCACCCAACCAAAAAAAGAAAAAAUCGCAAUUCUAUUUUGUGCACGUGAUAUAUGUAUAUACAUAGGUUGUUUAUUGUUCCAUGUUACUUAUAAGUCACAAUUGUGUGUGUAUGGGUACUUUUGGUCCGCCAGGAAGUCAUACUUUUCAAUUGCCAUCUUGCAAAACAAAAUCCCAGCCCCUCAACUUCUGUAAACGUUGGUAAAAGUAUAAAGGCUUCACCAAUCCAAGGGCUAAUUUGUGUAAACGGCUUCACUAACAAGUGUGUAAAUGUAUCUAAAAUCCAAUAGCUGGAAUAAUUUCCUUGUUGAUGUUUUCAUGGAGAUAAAUGCGACACUUGAAAACAGAUCCUGAUAUGUAAAAUAUCACAUAUAUUGUACCUGAAAUAUCGCCACGCCUUUUUUUGCAUCGCUGAUUGGUUACUCGUUGGCCAAUAACUGGGUCACCCACACGCAAUUAUGAAUAUUAUGUAACAACAUCAAACGAAGACAAGAGAAAUAACAUUUUCGAUCACAUCCGUUGUAGUAAUACAAUAUUGAACAAUGUUAACACAGAAAUACCGAUAUUCAUGAUCUGAUUAAAAAAAAGGUUUGGCCUCACGUCAAUA